GUAAAUUAAUGUGCACAUUCCACGGAAGUUUUGGGAGGCAAACAUUUUCUGAACAUCACGCACCACGUUUCCUGCUCCUUGAGAUACGUGACAGUUGGGCCUCUCUCUUCCUCUUUGGUUCUACAUUAAACCCAAAAGGGUUCUAUCUGGAACACAAAAAGGGUUAUUCAAAGGGUUCUCCUAUGGGGACAGCCAAAGAACCCUUUAGGUUCUAAAUAGCACACAAAAAAAUGUGUAGCAUCACAUUUCAUUUUUUAUUUUAGAUAUUAUCUGAUGUCAUCACACACAAGACAUUUAGCCAGCCUGGCUGUUUAUUUAAUGAAGAAGUGCUACUUUAAAGAGGCUCUUCCCCCUGAGUCACAACCUAUUAAUAGGGCAUGGAGAGCUCCUGUGAUGCUAGAGAGGAUGGAGCUCAGUGUUAUGGUGCUCUCGGAGGAACUGUCUUUCUCCAGUUGAUCACCAAUGCCAGUGGACAUCAGUUUAGAUUUUGGAAGGACCCAACUGGUGCUAAAACAGAGAUACUCACAAUGAGAAGAAAUAUAUCGAUAACAAAAGGGCCUAUUAAAGGCAGGUCAGAGUUCUUUAUAAACAAGGGGAUAUUCAGGAUAGAUAACACAGUAAGGAAUGAUUCUGAUAAAUACUGUGCUGAAACAUUUGAUUCAAAUGGAAUGUCGUUAUCAGGCACCAGAAGACUACAACUGUUCAUUGAAGCCCCUGUGACACAGGCUAAGCUGUCCUCUAAGUGUCUGUCCCUUGGAGCGAUGAGGGUAUCUUGUUCCUCUGAGGGGGACAGUCCCCAGUACAGCUGGACUCUGGAUGGACACCCACUGAACAACAAUGAUAACUCUUUUGGUGAGAUGACAAACUCCAUCACACUGCAGAAAGGCCUGUCUGGGGAUCUCAACUGCACCAUCAGAAACAAUAUCAGCAGUGUUACUGUCAGCAGGAUAAUCUUACCUUGUCCAGAGAUCAUAGGGAUGGUAGCAGGGUCUCUGGUAGGCAUAGUCCUUGUCCUAGGGAUGGUGUUGGUAGUUUACUGUGUCCAGAAGAAGAAGACACCUCCAAAGACUUCAGCUAAGGAUAACAGCCAGGAGGUGGAAUAUGUUGAUGUCAGGAUACAAAAGAAGCAGAUGAGACAGAAGGAGAGGGAGGCGCUGGUGGAGUUGGAGUACGGAGAGGAGAAAGUGGCGGGGGGUCCCCAGCAGACGAUGGAGGUGGAGUAUGGACACUUUAAAAUAUUAGAGGGUCCCUCGAAGAAGGUACACACACCUGAGGAGGAGGACUGUGUGUACGCCAGGGUACAGAAAGGCCAGGGAGCAAGGUAGUGUCUAGAUAGAGUAGAAGAGGCUGAGCGUUUAAUCACUCGUUGCGUCCCAAUAAUCUCUCCUUUCUUAAAGUGUUGACUUGUUCACUUCCCUUCACGUAUUUCAAAGGAAAUUAAUGGUAUAUGGCAACUUCCUAUACCAAUCCAAUUAUUUAAAAUGUGUGGGGAGUAGUGAAGGAAUGCACACAUCUGGAAGAAGGAGAAAUUAUUGGGAUGCAAUCCUGAGGCCCGGAGUUGAUACAGACGACAGCUAUGUCUAAUCAUGUUGUUUUACAGUUACAGUAACAGCUUUGUUUUGCAUGUUCACACUUUAGAACACAUAUUGUCUGUUUCCAAGAAGUGGAUACAUCACUUCAGUUUCUUUACCACGUGUCUUUCUUUGGAAAACGGUUUUAACACAAACUCAGCAAAAAAAGAAACGUCCCUUUUUCAUUCUUUCAAAGAUAAUUCGUAAAAAUCCAAAUAACUUCAUAGAUCUUCAUUGUAAACGAUUUAAACACUGUUUCCCAUGCUUGUUCAAUGAACCAUAAACAAUUAAUGAACAUGCACCUGUGGAACGGUUGUUAAGACAUUAACAGCUUACAGAUGGUAGGCAAUUAAGGUCACAGUUCUGAAAACUUAGGACACUUAGGACACUUUCUAUUAACUCUG